UACAAAUUUCGCUCUCAGCCACUUUCUUCCGUUAAUCCGUUCCACUUCCGUCGCCACGCGCGCGACCGGAGAAUCCCCGCAGCCUAUCCGAAAUCCUAGGAAUCUCCGAUCCCCUCCAGCCAACUCAACUCGGUGGCUCAGCUCGGAGAUCUGUGCGCUCUGCAUCUCGCGGCGCCGUGCCUGUGAAAUUCGUGUGGCUGUUCUUCGAUCUCCGGCUCAAGAAGCAUUCCCCUUCUUCGUGGAGUCCAAGAGGAAGCAGUGAUUCCGGCCGCAAAGACCGCACCUUUUUUCUUUGCUUCUGUUUGAUUCCCCCCCACUAUUAUAGCUUAAGAAUCGGCAGCUCCGCUCUCGAACGAAGAUGACGACGGCGGAGGGCCCCGCGACAGAGCGCUUCCCGGAGAGCAGCAGCGCGCCGCUGCUCCCGACGAAGCAGCUCGCCGCGCCGUCCGACGCCUUCCACGAGUUCGACGGCGCCUCCUUCCCCGGCGCGGUGUUCAACCUCUCCACCACCAUCGUCGGCGCGGGCAUCAUGGCGCUGCCGGCGACCAUGAAGGUGCUGGGCCUCGUCCCGGGGCUGGUCAUGAUCGUGCUCGCCGCCUUCCUCACCGACGCCUCCAUCGAGCUGCUCAUGCGGUUCAGCCGCGUCGUCGGCGCGCCCUCCUACGGGGCCGUCAUGGGGGACGCAUUCGGGUGGUGGGGGCGGAGACUGCUCCAGGUCUGCGUCGUGGUCAACAACGUCGGCGUCAUGAUCGUCUACAUGAUUAUCAUCGGUGAUGUGCUUUCUGGAACGUCCUCUGGUGGUGAGCACCACUACGGUGUAUUAGAAGGAUGGUUUGGGACACACUGGUGGAACGGGCGUUUCUUUGUUCUCCUGGUUACUACCCUCGCUGUGUUUACUCCUCUAGCAUGUUUCAAGCGUGUUGAUUCACUGAGCUACACAUCCGCCGUAUCUGUUGCUUUGGCAGUUGUAUUUGUUGUUAUCACUGCAGGAAUUGCUAUUGUGAAACUGAUACGCGGACAAAUCCCAAUGCCUAAAUUGUUCCCUGAAGUUCCUGAUCUAGCAUCUGUCUGGGAACUUUUCACAGCAGUACCAGUGCUUGUCACUGCUUACGUGUGCCAUUAUAAUGUUCACCCAAUUCAUAAUGAGCUCAAGGAGUCUUCCCAGAUCAAGCCGAUAGUUCACACAUCAUUGGCUCUGUGCUCGACUGUCUAUAUCACAACAAGUUUCUUUGGAUAUCUUCUGUUUGGUGAAUCUACACUCUCUGAUGUGCUGGCUAACUUUGACUCAAAUCUUGGCAUUCCUUACAGUUCAGUUCUUAAUGAUGCUGUCAGAGUGAGCUAUGCUGUCCACCUUAUGCUCGUGUUCCCCAUGAUAUUCCACGCACUGCGGCUCAAUUUGGAUGGGCUUCUCUUUUCCUAUGCAAGGCCCCUAUCUUCUGAUAACACAAGGUUUGGUGUAAUGACAGCAGUGCUCCUCCUCGUGAUUUUUGUAUCUGCAAACUUCAUUCCUAGCAUCUGGGAUGCCUUCCAGUUUACUGGGGCUACUGCUGCUGUUUGCAUCGCCUUCAUUUUCCCAGCUGCGAUCACUUUGAGGGAUCCUCACAGCAUAGCGAAAAAGUGGGACAAGAUACUCGCCGUCUUCAUGAUUGUUCUUGCAGUCACUUCGAACGUAGUAGCUGUGUACAGUGAUGCAUACUCGAUAUUCCAUAAGAAAAGUGCCCCCUCCCAGGCCUGAGACGCAUAACCUGUAGUGGAGCCAACACAUGCAAGGGGAAUUCGUAUGAAAGGUUGUUUAUACGUCAUUUCGCCAAUUAGAAGGGCAUUCAAGGGCGUACUUCUGGGAUUGGUUUCGCGACUUAUUUGGCUAAGGAUAUAUAGAUGCGCAAAAUAGGGCCCUCUGCCUCAACUGUGUUGAGUCCAGUUCAAAUCCUUGUGUGUAAGGAUAUAUAUAGAUGCGCAAAAUUUGGCUAAGUUGUUUUUUGUGACAUGUACACUACAAGGAGAUCAUGUAAAAAAAAAGUGAAGUUACAGAGUUAU